CCGCCGGAGAGAGAGCAGACCCGCUCUGUGACCAGUGUGGAAAUGUCCCCAAGUUUUGGAAUUUAAAACCAUGGCGAGGAUAUCUACCCGAAGGAUCACUUGAACCCGGCUCCCACAUCGUGGCUCUGUGGAUGUUCCUGGUGACUGCUCACAACGCUGAGAACAGGACAGCGGAUCAAUAGGAGUUUUGCUUCCUCUUCUCUGAUCCUUCUCUCUCUCCCUCCCUCUUAAUCUUUGACAGUAGAACCGAAACUAUCAAAAAAAAAAAAAAAAUCCUGACUCGGGAUUUGGAACCACAGCUUGCGCUCUCUUUCUCCUUCCCCACCCCCCUCCCAAGCCUUGCUUGUGCACAUACCAAAUAUGUGUCACCUAGCUCGGUCAGUGGCCUUCUCUGGCCAGGGGAACUUUCUCCUCAUAGGGCUUUUAGUCAUCAUGAGCUCAUCCUUGUCUGGAGGCCAGCCCCCGCCCUUCAAAAGAUUCAUCCCAGCUGAUUGUUCGCUCACACAUCUGGCUAUUCAUAACAAAACUGGAGAAGUCUAUGUGGGAGCUGUUAACCGGAUUUUCAAGCUUUCCAGCAACCUGACCAAUCUGCGCAGCCACAUGACUGGCCCAGUGGUGGACAAUGAGAAGUGCUACCCACCUCCCAGUGUCCAGUCUUGCAAUCAUGAGCUGGCCCAAACCCCGAAUGUGAACAAGCUUCUUCUUAUAGACUAUGCACAAAACCGACUUAUCGCCUGUGGCAGCACCUCACAGGGUAUCUGUCAGUUCCUGCGUCUGGAUGACCUCUUUAAGCUUGGUGAGCCCCACCACCGCAAGGAGCAUUACCUCUCCAGUGUGGCAGAGUCGGGUACCAUGUCAGGAGUCAUCAUAAGCUCCCCUCAAAGUCCUACCAGCAAGCUUUUUAUCGGAACUCCCAUCGACGGCAAGUCUGAGUACUUCCCCACCUUGUCCAGCCGCAAACUGAUGGAGAAUGAAGAAAAUGCUGACAUGUUCAGUUUCGUCUAUCAGGAUGAGUUUGUCUCUUCUCAGCUGAAGAUCCCCUCGGACACUUUAUCCAAGUUCCCUGCUUUUGACAUCUAUUAUGUUUACAGCUUCAGCAGUGAGCAGUUUGUCUAUUAUCUAACAAUGCAGUUGGAUACUCAACUGACUUCACCCGAUGCCAGCGGGGAGCAGUUUUUCACCUCCAAAAUUGUGCGUCUCUGCAUGGAUGAUCCAAAGUUUUACUCUUACGUUGAGUUCCCCAUUGGCUGCACUAAAGAUGGGGUGGAGUACCGCCUGGUGCAGGACGCCUUCUUGGCUCGACCAGGCCGGCAGCUGGCCAACUCUCUUGGGAUUUCCGAAAAUGAAGACAUCCUUUUCACAGUAUUCUCUCAGGGCCAGAAGAAUCGCGCCAAACCACCCAAAGAGUCAGCAUUGUGCCUGUUCACCCUUAGGAAGAUAAAGGAAAAGAUCAAAGAGAGGAUCCAGUCCUGCUACAGGGGAGAUGGAAAACUCUCCCUACCCUGGCUGCUUAACAAGGAGCUCGCCUGUAUCAACUCGCCACUUCAGAUCGACGAUAACUUCUGUGGUCAGGACUUCAACCAGCCUCUGGGGGGAACCAGCACCAUCGAGGGGAUUCCUCUCUUCAUCGAUAAGGAUGAUGGCAUGACUUCAGUGGCAGCGUAUGACUACCGCGGCAACACUGUGGCGUUUGUUGGCACACGCAAUGGCAAACUGAAGAAGAUCUUGGUUAACUCCAUAAACGCCAGCCGUCCAGCAGUGCUAUACGAGAAGGUGACCGUAAGUGAAGGAGGAAGUCCCUUACUGAGAGACAUGCUGUUCAGCCCAGACCAGCAGUACAUCUACACUUUGACUGACAGACAGGUGGUGAGAGUUCCAGUAGAGAGCUGUGAGCAGUACACCACUUGCGGGGAGUGUUUGGGCUCCAGAGACCCUCACUGUGGAUGGUGUGUUCUUCACAAUGUAUGUUCACGUAAGGACCACUGUGAGCGGGCAGGAGAGCCUCAGAGGUUUGCCUCUGACCAGAGACAAUGUGUGGAGCUAACUGUUCAGCCGAGAAAUAUUUCUGUCACGAUGUCUGAAGUCCAGCUGGUCCUCCAAGCUCGCAAUGUGCCCGAUCUGUCAGCGGGGGUCAACUGCUCCUUUGAGGACUAUGUGGAGACAGAGGGACAGAUCCAGGGUGGACACAUCUUCUGCCUGUCUCCUUCUGCCCGGGACAUCGCCCCAAUCACUCGAAACAAAGGUGACAAGCGGGUGGUGAAACUUUACCUGAAGUCCAAGGAGACGGGCAAGAAGUUUGCCAGUGUCGACUUUGUCUUCUACAACUGCAGCGUCCAUCAGUCCUGUCUUUCUUGUGUAAAUGGCUCCUUCCCAUGCCACUGGUGCAAGUACCGCCACAUGUGCACCCAGAAUGCCAACGACUGCUCUUUUCAGGAGGGCCGUGUCAACAACUCUGAGGAUUGCCCUCAGAUUCUGCCGUCAACCCAGAUAUACAUCCCUGUCGGGGUGACAAAGCCAAUCACCUUAGCUGCAAAGAACCUGCCACAGCCCCAGUCUGGACAGAGAAACUAUGAGUGCGUCUUCCACAUCCAGGGGGAGAUCUACAAUGUGCCUGCACUGCGAUUCAACAGCACCUCCAUCCAGUGCCAGAAAACUGCGUAUAAUUAUGAGGGCAAUGACAUCAGCGACCUGCCUGUCGACCUGUCUGUAGUUUGGAACGGAAACUUUGUCAUUGACAACCCCUAUAACAUUAAAGCUCACCUGUAUAAGUGCUAUGCACUGAGGGAUAGCUGUGGGAUGUGUUUGAAGGCAAACCCCAGGUUUGAGUGCGGCUGGUGCGUUGGGGAAAAGAAGUGCUCCCUGAGACAGGAGUGUACUCCCCCAGAGAGCACUUGGAUGCAUGCCACAACAGGAAACAGCCGCUGUGCUCACCCCAAGAUCACCAAGUUGUAUCCUGAGACUGGGCCCAGACAGGGAGGAACCAUGCUGACCAUCACUGGUGAGAACCUGGGUCUACAGUUCAAAGACAUCCAGCAUGGAGUCCGCAUCGGCAAAGUGACGUGCAACCCUCAGGAGGACGAAUACAUUAGCGCCGAGCAGAUUGUGUGUCGGCUAAAUGAUGCAACAGGUUACAGAGUGCAGGAGGCUCAGGUGGAAGUGUGUGUCAGAGACUGUAGUCACCCCGACUACAAAACAGUCUCAAGCAAGGCCUUCACUUUUGUGUCCCCAUAUUUUACACGAGUCCAUCCUUCCAACGGGCCGCUAUCUGGAGGAACCAGGAUCACUAUUGAUGGCAGUCAUCUCAACGCGGGCAGCGCUGUGUCUGUGAAGAUUGGACUUCACCCCUGCCGUUUCGAGAGGCGGAGCGCCAAGGAGAUAGUAUGUGUAACCCCAGCAGGCCAGGCCACAGGCCAGACACCUGUCAUGGUGGACAUAAAUGCUGCUGAGCUGAGAAACCCGGAGGUCAAGUUCAGCUACACAGAAGAUCCUACUAUCCUGAAGAUCGAGCCUGACUGGAGUAUCGCCAGUGGAGGAACCAAGUUGACCAUUACUGGAACUAAUCUGGCCACCAUCAAGGAGCCGAAAAUGAGAGCCAAGUACGGAGCUGCCAAGUCGGAAAAUAAUUGUACGGUCCUCAACAACACCGUAAUGGUGUGUCUGGCGCCCUCUGUGGCUGGAUCUGACAAGGGCUUCUCGGAUGUGGGCAGCAGUCCUGAUGAGAUUGGCUUUGUCAUGGAUGACGUGCGCUCUUUGCUGGUGGUAAACGAGACUUUUAGCUACCACCCGGACCCUGUGUUUGAACCUCUGAGCCCCACCGGCAUGCUGGAGCUGAAGCCCAGCUCACCACUCAUACUCAAGGGUCGUAACCUAAUUCCUGCAGCCCCAGGAAAUGCUAAGCUGAACUACACAGUGCUGAUCGGGGAGACGCCCUGCAUUCUCACCCUGUCUGAGAGCCAGCUGCUCUGCGAAUGGCCUAAUCUGACCGGAGAACACAAAGUCACUGUGCGUGUUGGAGGCUUUGAAUACUCACCAGGGACACUGCAGAUCUACUCAGACAGCCUUCUCACCCUGCCUGCCAUCAUUGGUAUUGGAGGAGGAGGUGGACUGCUCCUGCUGGUUAUCAUUGUGGUUUUGAUUGCUUAUAAGAGGAAGUCGCGGGAUGCCGACCGCACUCUAAAGCGAUUACAGCUGCAGAUGGACAACCUAGAGUCUAGGGUGGCCCUUGAGUGCAAGGAAGCCUUUGCAGAAUUGCAGACGGACAUCCAUGAGCUCACUCAGGAGCUGGAUGGAGCAGGAAUCCCCUUCCUGGACUACCGUACCUAUGCCAUGAGGGUCCUCUUUCCUGGGAUUGAGGACCACCCUGUUCUCAAGGAGAUGGAGGUACGGGUACCCGCCAAUGUGGAGAAGGCCCUGACGUUGUUUGGCCAGCUACUCACCAAAAAGCACUUUCUGUUGACCUUCAUUCGCACAUUGGAAGCACAGAGGUCCUUCUCUAUGCGAGACAGGGGCAACGUGGCCUCCCUCAUCAUGACAGCACUGCAAGGAGAGAUGGAGUAUGCCACCGGUGUUCUCAAACAGCUCCUGUCUGACCUCAUUGACAAAAACCUGGAAAGCAAGAACCACCCAAAGCUCUUACUCAGGAGGACGGAGUCGGUUGCUGAGAAGAUGCUCACCAACUGGUUCACCUUCCUGCUUUACAAGUUCCUCAAGGAAUGUGCCGGGGAACCUCUCUUUAUGCUGUACUGUGCCAUGAAGCAGCAAAUGGAAAAGGGGCCCAUAGAUGCAAUCACAGGAGAAGCCCGCUACUCUUUGAGCGAGGAUAAACUCAUCAGACAGCAAAUUGACUACAAGACUUUGACGCUGCACUGUGUGAACCCGGAGAAUGAAAAUGCUCCAGAGGUGACAGUGAAGAGCCUGAACUGUGACACAGUGACACAGGUGAAGGAAAAGCUGCUGGAUGCUGUGUACAAAGGGACGCCUUAUUCCCAGAGACCGAAGGCCUCAGAUAUGGACCUUGAAUGGCGGCAGGGCAGGAUGGCUCGUAUCAUCCUUCAGGAUGAAGAUGUCACCACUAAGAUCGACAAUGACUGGAAGAGACUCAACACCCUAGCUCACUACCAGGUGACAGAUGGCUCAGUGAUUGCCCUGGUACCCAAACAGAACUCAGCCUACAACAUCUCCAACUCCUCCACAUUCACCAAAUCCCUCAGCAGAUACGGUACGAAAGAAGAGAGCAUGCUCAGGACAGCCAGUAGUCCAGACAGCUUGCGUUCCCGAACACCCAUGAUCACCCCUGACCUCGAGAGCGGCACCAAGCUAUGGCAUCUGGUGAAGAACCACGACCACUCAGAUCAGAGGGAGGGAGACAGAGGGAGCAAGAUGGUGUCUGAGAUCUACCUGACCAGACUGUUGGCCACAAAGGGUACGCUCCAGAAAUUCGUGGAUGACCUGUUUGAGACCAUCUUCAGCACAGCGCACCGAGGCAGCGCUCUGCCUCUCGCCAUCAAGUACAUGUUUGACUUCCUGGACGAGCAGGCAGACAAACACUCCAUAUCAGACCCUGAUGUACGGCACACUUGGAAGAGCAACUGUCUUCCACUGAGGUUCUGGGUGAACGUGAUCAAGAACCCACAGUUUGUAUUUGACAUCCACAAGAACAGUAUUACAGAUGCCUGCUUGUCUGUGGUGGCUCAGACCUUCAUGGAUUCAUGUUCAACCUCAGAGCAUAAACUAGGGAAGGACUCACCUUCAAACAAGCUGCUUUAUGCUAAAGACAUCCCCAACUAUAAAAACUGGGUAGAAAGGUACUACUCUGACAUUGCCAGGAUGCCGGCUAUCAGCGAUCAGGACAUGAGUGCCUACCUCGCAGAGCAGUCACGCCUGCAUGCUAACCAGUUCAACAGCAUGUCAGCCCUACAUGAGAUUUACUCCUACAUCAUCAAGUACAAGGACGAGAUCUUGUCAGCUUUGGAGCGAGACGAGCAGGCAAGGAGACAGAGACUGAGGAGCAAACUGGAGCAGGUCAUCGACACAAUGGCGCUGACCAGCUGAGGACCAUCGAGCACCUCCUGCUCCUCCUCACUCCUCCUCUCCAUCUGUCUCUCUCCCACGUUCCUCUCACCCAGACAACAAACAAAACUCCAACCCCCAAACAAAUACGACAGACGAAACUGCAAAAGGACCGAGGCAGUAUACUGCAAAAUGGGGGGAUUCGGCAGAGAUGGGCGGGGCCUGUGUACGCUUACAUGUGUAUGUGUGUGUGUUUGUCUGCAGCUCCAUACAGUGUGUCUGUGUGAGAGGCUAGGACACGGGACGUUUUUUCACACAUGCAUACAUGGAGAACAUGUCAACUCGACAGCAUUUGAUUAUUGUGGAUGUCGGUGUUUGUGGUUUGCUUGAUUUUGAUUUCAGGAGUUUUGUUGUGAUGACGCGAUGGUCAGGAAAGAAACAACGGAAGCCUGGAAAGAACUCCAUAUACGGCAUCAUUAGCGGAACGGACCAAUCUGUGAUGAGCCAAUGGAGAGAGGAUCUCUCUAGGUCAUGUGACUCCAGAUGUCACAGUUAGAAUUUUUUUUUCUUUUUUGUAGAAAUGUAAUCAACUGCCCACUCUCUGAUCUCUCGCCACUUGUAUUACUGCUGAAUUUGCACAAUUUACAGAAACGUUACAAAGCAAGACUAUAUAGAUAUUAUAUAUAAAUACAGCUACGUUUUUAAAGAAAGAUUAGGGAGUAAACUUUUUUUCUUUUCUUUUUUCUUUUCAAUCCAACAAAUACAAUAAAAAUAAGACAAAACACGAUUUGAUAUUACGAGUACAAAAAAAAGUGGACAAAAAAACAAAGAAAAAAGAAACAAAAAAGUCGUACUGUGCCAUGUUUUCUUUGAAUGUUGUUUAGUGCAAAGACAUUUUGUUAGAUGGAAUGUGCUACCAUAUGAUUUUAAAUAUGAACAUGCCUAGUGACUGAAAAGAAGUUUUUGAAUAACAACCCAUCAUAGGAUCCUUGUUGAAAGUGACAAAGAAGACACACAAAGUCGCCCGUCUCCACAUCUUCCAGGUAGAGUUCAUGGUGUCACGGUGAUAACAUGAAGUUGCUGUUGUUUCUUAUUCAAUCAGUGCAAUCUGUUGGUUUCACAAAGCCAAAUAUAUACCUACAGGAUGGUUGCUUUAUCAUGGCCACGUUGGUGUCUGUUUCUUUAAUUCAAAGGUCAAGAGGUGACAGUUUAGUGGCUCGUAGUUUAGUGACGGAACAAUGAAGUAGCUACAUUGCACUACCUUAAAUAUUCCUCUUUGCUCUGAUACUACCCUGUCUAACUUUCCAGAGGUCAUGCUUUUGUGUUAGCCAUCCCUGAAAGGGUCAUUUUCUGACAGUUCUGCAGGAGCAAAGUCUUUAUUAUUUACAGACUCUGUUCAUUCAGGAACCACAGUGAGGUCAAGUAGAACUUCACUGUGGAGAAACAAAGUCAGAAAAGCCGUUUCCAGCCUCAAGCCACUUUCCCCCCUUUUUUCAGUUCCCACAACAGAGGUGCAAAGAAAAGACUUAAUGUUAUUUCUCCACCUCGAGAACAUAUAUGUUUGAGACAUGGGUUUAAGCUUUCUGUCCACGAGGAGGGUAUAGAAGUGUACAGAGGUGAGACACUUUGGUUCAUUAGCUACACGAGGCUGAGUAAUCCUCAUCUUAGCCUGCAGCUCUUGUUUCAAAACUAGCCUACUGCCAUGUGUGGCUUAAGCUUUUUAUAUUACCGCUCUCAUAAGAGGAUUUCUUUGUUUCUGUUUUUUUUGAAGUCUUGAAGUCACGGUUUUUGACUUUAUGGUGAGAAAUAAGAGGGGUUUAUUUCUGCUUGCCGAAAACCAAACUGUGGUCUGUAUAUUGGGUUUUUUUUGUUGUUGUUGUUGUUGUUGCUUCAUUUGUAAAUUGUAUACUUUUUCAUGAUGAACAAAAGCUGUUUGCCAUUUUUUUGUAAUCAGGUUGUUUUUUUUGGUUUUGUUUUUACUUUCAUUUGUUAUGUGUAAAUUGUACAUUUUAUGGUACGCAGAAGACAAAAGUCUCUUCAGUUUGCCUGAAGUUGAAGUACUUGACCGAACUCAAGGUUUAUUUUCCUGAUCUCAAGGAUCAAAAUGAAAUUGUUGAAUCAGAUGAGCGUCUGUGUUGUCGUGAUGGAAAUGUGACUUGCUGCUUUAACUCUUGUACCUUGUUUUUCUAUCGAACAUUAGGGCUGUCAUUUUAUGCUGAUCAUAAAUGCUGUCCAAUCCUCUUUUGUUUACUGUACAUGUCUGAGAUGCAACAUGACUCCUACAGCUGUAUGCUUACGAGCCUGCUUCAUCCCAGUACUCGCUGGGACUUGAUAGCUCACUAUGUACCUGCCAGUCUUAAAGGGACCACUCUGGCCAUGCUUGGAUAGAAAAUUCUCCUUUUCAUGUCAUCAUGUUGGUUACACAUGUUACAUUAUUUCUAAUAGAAAUGAAAACCUUCACUAAAAUGUUCUUAGUCUAUUAUGAAAAACAAAAAAAAGUAAUCAUAUUUUGGGGUUUUUUUUGGUUUUUUUCCCCCUUCUGACUUUUUACUGCAUUCAUACAUUUUGGUGCUCUUUCUGUAUAGAUCACGUGGCAUGGAAAUGAAUGACUGCUGAGACUCAGUGGUGCUGUUAACAGCAGACCUCUGGAUGGUCUGUAUGAGUGCAGUAGGGACAAAUUCACUCACUCCCUCAUCACACGGACAAAAACCAACUGAGGCUGUGGUGUCCAGCUGGUGAUCUGUCAGGCUUUUCAAAGACACUUAGACAUUCUCAAUCCAUUCUCAGGUUCAUGCUCCAUUUGUGUCCUAUUCCACUCGUAGCUCUGUUGAUUAAACGACUGCUGGGGGAGUCGUGCUUGUUUAUCAUUUGCAUGGCUACUUGCCUUUUAAAUUGACCUUCUUCUCAAGUCCACAUGUAUUUUUUUUUCCAGCUGCCCUUCUCUACUAAUUCAUUUUUCACUGUUUACUACAACAGCUGACUUGUGUUUAUUGUUACUCGGUGGCCUAAGAGUGUAGGCUGUAGAUUGAAUUGCUGGGUUUGCUGCUGUUGUCACCCUUCAGAGUGAGUAGACUCAGCUCAGUCAUGUUUAAUUCUCAGCUUCAUCACAUUUUUGCCUUUUCAAACCAUUGCUGAAUCAAAUGAAGUCCUGGCAUCAUUCUGUGUUGUUUUUCCUGCUCGCUUCUGAUUCUUGGAAAUUCAUUAUUUCUUUUUUUUUUUUUCUCCUUCAAAAUGGAAGUUACAUAGAACCCACGGAAACGCAAAGCAAAGGAAUUUCAGAUAUAGUGGCUAAAGAAUUUUAAUACUACAAUAACUGAUACAUUUUUAGAGUUUCAGACUUGAAGCGACUGUCACAAGUUUGCAGGUUAACAUUCAUUGUGUAAAUAUUCUGUUAUUUCCUAUUUUGCAGAUUUACUACUUGUAAAUAAACACGCAUCAA